AUGACAAAACAUAAUAAACCAACCAAGCCAACACCCAGCACUCCACCAAAGUCCGUUUCUGCAGUUGACCCAAAUAUUCAGGCUGGGACCAGCAGACCUGCUUCGAUCACCAAAACGAGACCUAAAACUGCAGUAACCACAUUAACGACCAGGAAUAUAACCCCCCCUCCAGCCUCUAGCUCUCAAAUUAUGACAAGAUCAAGAACUAGAGCCGCGAGUGUGCCUCCAUCAGACCAAAGUCAGAAGGGUGGUAGGGUUAUUUGGAGAACGAAAAGCGCGACUUUAGACACAACAGGCGGAAGCCCGGAAUUCACCGCAGCUGAAAUAUCAUCACCAAAACCUAAUCCGCCAGGACUAUUACGCGAAGAAACGGGCGACAAUAUUACGCUGUGGCCCAGUCCAAUGGAAAUAAUCACAAAUAGAACGAGCGGGAAAAAGCUGCCCACCAUUUCAGAGACGCCACCGGAGCCGAAAACACCAGUUUUGCUACCCGGAACAUUAAACAAUGAAAUCCCGACGCGGCCUAAUUUAACAGCGAGAAGAGGCAAAUCAAGCGGAGGACGAGAAUCCACCACGGUUGAGAUUUCAUCAGAACUCAAUCCACCAGGACAACUGCACGAGGAAACCGGCAAAAAUAUUCCGCUGUGGCCCAGCCCAAUAGAAGUCACCACAACUAGGACAAGCGGAAGCCAAUUGCCUACCACAGCAGAGAUGCCACCGGAGCUGGAACCGCCAGCAUUACUACCCGGAAUAGUAGACGAUGAAAUUCCAAUGUGGCCUAGCUUAAUAGCGAGAAGAGUAGCAACUGAGAAAUACAUCCGAAACAAAUGA